AUGUCCCAAGCUGCCGAUGCUCCCAAUGGAGCUAAUGCUGCUCCUCAUGACGUCGCCCCUAACGAGGUGCCAGCUGAGCUGAUCAUCCCUGCGGAGGCUGGCCAUGGCCACACCAUCGAGAUUCCUGCCACCAGGAGCUCUAUCAGUGAUGUUCACAUGCAGCGUUUGAGCCUGUCUCCUUCCAUGAAGGACCGCCGGGGCUCGCGCAACUCCUUCGGCGUCUCUCUUCCCAUUCCUCGCGAGCCGCGAAAGUCUUCGCGUCUGUCUGUUGUAGGAAAGCCUAUCAGCCACGUGCGGAACAUUAUUGCUUCCGAGUUGCAAGACCAGGAGAAGGAGAAGGUCCAGAAGGUCAAGAACAUGUGCUUCUGUUUUGACAUUGACGGUGUGCUGGCACACGGUAACAAUGCUAUUCCGGAGGCUCAAGCGGCUCUCAAGAUGCUCAAUGGCGACAACGAGCUCGGCAUCCAAUUCCCAUACAUUCUCCUCACCAAUGGCGGUGGUAAGACCGAAGAGGCUCGCUGCGCCCAGCUCUCAGAAGUCCUCGGCGUUCCCAUCUCCACCGACCAGUUCAUCCAAUCCCAUACCCCCAUGCAGGCUCUCGCCGAGUACUACGAAAACGUCCUUGUUUGCGGUGGUGAAGGAUUCAAGGUGCGCGAGGUCGCCGAGGCCUACGGUUUCAAGAAUGUGGUUCACCCCAAGGACAUUCUGGCUUGGGACCCCACGAUCUCUCCCUGCCGCAAGUUCACCGAGGAGGAACAGAAGCAGGCCAAGCCCCGCGACUUCUCCAAGUUCAAGUUCGAUGCCAUCAUGUGCUUCGCCGAGUCGCACGAUCAGUCGACCGAAUUCCAGAUCAUCCUUGACCUGCUCCUCAGUGCCAAUGGCAGGCUCCUCACCCGUGCCAAGGAUCCCGCUGCUCGGGAUGCCGUUGCCGGUCACAUUCCUAUCUACUUCUCCCAGGGCGAUCUGCUCUGCCCCACCGAGCACAAGGGCCCCCCACGUCUGCACCUAGGUGCUUUCCGUGUUGCUCUGGAGGCUCAGUACAAGGCUCUUACUGGCCGUGAUCUCGACCGUAUCGUCUACGGUAAGCCCGAGCGUGCUACCUACAUUGUCGCCGACGAGAUCAUCAAGUCCUGGAUGGAGGAGAUUCACGGCGAGAAGCGUCUGCCUGAGAAUGUCUACAUGAUUGGUGACAACCCCCAGUCUGACAUCAUCGGUGGAAACCUGUACGGCUGGAACACUUGCCUUGUCCGCACUGGUGUCUUCCAGGGCAAGGGCAAUGACGAGAACAACCCCGCCAACUUCGGCGUCUUCGAUCAGGUCUACGAUGCCGUCAAGGCUGCCAUCCACAAGGAGCUCGGUGAUGACUUCAAGUUCAAGUGGGAUCCUAAGAAGCAUUCCCCCCACGGCUCUGCCGUUGAGUAA